CUAACUAAGCCUUUCUUUUUUUUUUAAAUACUACUACAAAAGAGAUUAGAUAACAUUGGUGAAAUACUGGUUAUUAAGACGUGUGUGUGUGUGAUUGAGUGAGUGUGUGUGUGUUGUAGUGUGUUCUGCCUAACGUUUCACAUUUAGACGGAAGAAAAAUUUGAUUCAACUUUUUUUUUUUUUAGGUUUCUCUAAAUACCAAAACAAGGCGCUGUAUUCAUUUUCUAGCGUUUGAAAUGUCCAACAAAAACUAAAGCCUUGAUGAAAUCGUUUUUGUUUUGAAACGUGUGGGGGAUACAGGUGUUGAUUUCAGAGAUUUAGAUCUAUCAUUAAGUGUGUAUUGCAGUAAAAAUAAUAUUUAAAAAAACAAGUGACCACAUUUCACAGGAGAGCUGGAUGAACACCUGUAGCCGCCGACACCUGCUGGCUGCACGGAGACAUAACACUCCCAGGUACAAUGCAGGCUGAGCCUUUGGACAAAAGUCUCGGGACAGACGAGACCUCAAGUGACUUUGGCCCGCAGACAUCAUCGCUCCUCCCCCAGACGAGACCCACCGACCCGCUGGAGAAAGCUGUGACGUACGGCAGCAUCAACGACAGCAUCAAGUUUGUGGAAGCCACGCCAACAGACAGCAGCUCGACAGAGAAACCAACAGUGUUGUACACAGAGACUCAGACGAAUGCUGUGCCACCUUUCCAGACCCUUCUUGUGCUGUCCUUGGCCAAUCUACUGGUCAGCACGCCUUUCAACGGGAACCAAAAUAUACAGAGCAGCAUCAACAGCCAGGGGAGCCUUGGGGUCAUCACUCUGGCCUGCAUUUACGCCACUGUCCUUCUUUGUGCCCCAUUUGCCAGCAGCGCCAUCAGAAAACUUGGCUGUAAAACACUUCUACUUUUGCACUGGGCCACAAAUAUCAUCUACAUGUCUGCCAACUUCUACCCAGAAUUCUACACGCUACUUCCGAUGUCCAUUGUGACAGGAGUGACAGCUUCCUGUAUUGGUACAGUUCAAAGUUUGUACCUGACCGCAGCGAGCGACACUUACAUCGCCAGGAAGAAGCUCCCCAAGGAUCGUCAGCACGCAGUGCUCAGCAUUUUCUUUGGCGUCUUCUUCUCGUUCGCAGAGUUCUCCCAGGUGUCUGGCAACUUAAUCUCUUCCCUCGUCCUCUUCACGCUGUCGUCACAGCCGGGAAACAUGACCUACAUCAAGAGCUCCGUGUGUGGGGCAAGCAUGUGCCCAGAGGCCAACAUGACCACCACAGCGUUCACCCGGCCCAGCCACACCACGCUGGACAUUCUGUACGGGAUAUUCGUCAGCUCUGAGUUUCUUGGCUUCCUCCUGACCUUGAGCCUGAUGCCCAAGCUUCGAGUGGACAGCCAUGGUGUCAAAGUAGGCCGGGAGAUCUCUGGCUGCUACAGGGUUUUGCUGGAUCCUAGAUAUGCUCUGAUGAUUCCUAUCAUCAUGGGCCAGGCAAUGACGGUCAUGGUUCUCUUCACAGGUUUCACACAGGCGUUUGUCAGCUGUAGUUUAGGCGUGGAGUGGGUUGGUUUCAUCAUGAUGAUCUUCGGAGCCUCUGCCGGGACUUUUGCCACCGUUGCCAACUACCUGGCCCGCUACCUUGGCCGAGUGGUCCUAAUGAUCACCUUCAUCCUCAUCGACACGGGCCUCUUGCUGACUCAGCUUAUGAUCAACACUGACUCCAAACUUGUCCUCAUCUUAAUAGUGGCCGUCGCGGGCAUCUCCGAGGGCAUAUCUCAACCUCAGUUUAACUCCAUCGUCUCCAUGCUCUUCAGGGACAAUCUCUCGUCUGCAUUCGUGGCGUACAACAUGGUCAAGUGCCUGGGUUUUUCUGCAUCUUUGGCCAUCUCAUCGUUUGCCUGUUUGUACGUCAGACUAUACCUAGUGAUAACUUUGUACGGCCUAGGGCUGAUAGGAUACAUAGCUACAGAAAUUCUGGCACAUAAAAAAGCAGUUGCAAGUGACAGGAUGCCCCUGAUCAAAGAUACAGAAACUCAAAAGAAGGCGGAUCAAGGUGACCAGAAGCCCCUCAAUAAGAACACAGGCAAAGUUGUCAAAAAUAUGUUCUACAGAAAGUCAUCAGAUAAAGUGAAUAUAAACUACAAACAAGAAAACAUCCCGGAAACUUAGUACUUAGAUUAAUUGUUUGCUGAUAGUUUUAUAAUAUAUAUAUAUUUUACAGACAUUUCAGGCCACAGAGCUAUUUUAACAAUGCCUGCUAUUAGCUUGCAAGCUCUUCAUGUGUUCAAACUGGAAACUGGAUGGAACCUGGACGGCUAUUUCGAAAACAGCUAAUUUGACAGUUUAUGUAUAUCGACAAUAACGUUUACUAUUACUGCACUCGACUCAAAUGUUUUGUUUUGUAAUCAGUAAAGAGUUGAAUAAAUAAAUAGAUGUUCAUAAAUAAUGAACAUUUUGUGCAUAGUCCUAUGUAGAAAUAAGCUGGACUGUAAUAGAAGAACUUCAUUGUGCAAAGCUCAACGGAAAGACUCCUUGCAAUAUUGAAAUAUUACAAGAAAUAAAUAGAAUGAGGAGUUAUGUAACUCUAUUUGCUUCUUAAAAGAGGAAUUGAUUUUUAAAAAAAUAAAUUUGUGUUACUUGUUAAAUCUUCUACCUCAUUAAAUUGUCAAAUUUUUUAUAGAUGAGGAGUUAUAUAACUCUAUCUGCUUCUUAAA